CGGAAGCCGACUUCGCCCGCCCCGGAAGUGCAAGGAUCGAAGUUGUACAGGUGCGGAUUUCGCCGGCGAGGCGGCUCGUAUCGAGAUGCCGGGAGCCGCGGCCAAUGGCUCGGAGUUGUACGAGAGCAUCGAGAGUUUCGUGGAGGUCCUGAAGCGGGGCGGCGGCCGGCGCAGCUCCGAGGACAUGGCUCGAGAGACCCUGGGACUGCUGCGCCGGAUCAUCACGGACCACCGCUGGACCAACGCAGGGGAGCUGAUGGAACUGAUUCGCCGAGAAGGCCAGAGGAUGACGGCCUCGCAGCCCUCUGAGACCACGGUGGGCAACAUGGUGCGGAGAGUGCUCAGGAUCAUCCGGGAGGAGUAUGGCAGACUCCAUGGACGCAGCGAUGAGAGCGAUCAGCAGGAGUCCUUGCACAAACUCUUGACAUCCGAGGGCCUGAGCGAGGAUUUCAGCUUCCAUUAUGCCCAACUCCAGUCCAACAUCAUUGAGGCAAUUAAUGAGUUGCUCGUGGAACUGGAAGGGACAACAGAGAACAUUGCAGCCCAGGCUCUGGAGCACAUCCACUCCAAUGAGGUGAUCAUGACCAUUGGCUUCUCCCGAACAGUAGAGGCCUUCCUCAAAGAGGCUGCCCGAAAGAGGAAAUUCCAUGUCAUUGUGGCAGAGUGUGCUCCUUUCUGUCAGGGUCAUGAAAUGGCAGUCAAUUUGUCCAAAGCAGGUAUUGAGACAACUGUCAUGACUGAUGCUGCCAUUUUUGCUGUUAUGUCAAGAGUCAACAAGGUAAUCAUUGGCACAAAGACCAUCCUGGCCAAUGGUGCCCUGAGAGCCGUGACAGGAACUCACACUCUAGCACUGGCAGCAAAACACCAUUCCACCCCGCUCAUCGUUUGUGCUCCCAUGUUCAAGCUUUCCCCACAGUUCCCCAAUGAAGAAGAUUCAUUUCACAAGUUUGUGGCUCCUGAAGAAGUCCUGCCUUUCACAGAAGGGGACAUUCUGGAGAAGGUCAGCGUUCACUGCCCUGUGUUUGACUACGUUCCCCCAGAGCUCAUUACCCUCUUUAUCUCCAACAUUGGUGGGAAUGCGCCUUCCUACAUCUACCGCUUGAUGAGUGAACUCUACCAUCCCGAUGAUCAUGUCCUAUGACCACCACUCAUUCUGAGCAGAAGCUGCUAAGCCAAAUAUGGAAUGGAGAGCGACCUCAGUGCGACUGCUGAAAACCUCGUCCUUGUAAUGGGGAGUGAACUGGAGCCAACUUAAAAACUUACUGCUGUUUCCUGCCUUUGCAGGCGUCCCAUAACAAGGACACACAUUCAGGUCUGUCCCUUGCCUUCCCAAUCUUAACAGGAGCAGCGGGCCUUGACCUGUUAAUUUUGUAGCCUCUUGGGGCGCCUGGCUGGCUGGCAGCAGAGCGUGCGACUCUCAGUGCUGGGGUUAUGAGCCCUGUUCUCAUGCCGGGCAUAGAGUUUAUUUAAAAAAAUUUUUUUUUGGAACCUCUUAGUGACCUGGGGAGUCUGUUUUAGGAACUUAAACUUUCUGGUUCAGUGGGGUGUUAAACACAAAACUGAAGACCUUGAUGGGAUACAGGUUUUUGCUCAGAAACGGCUACCACACCUUUUCCUGGGCUGUGCCAAUAAAAGCUACUUGAAGAUUC